AUGUUCUCACUUGGUAUUGACAUUGGAACAUCCAAAAUAGCAAUAGCGGUAGUUGACGUCAACUCAAAGAUAACAACUUAUGUUGAUUCAAAGGCUCAUGACGCUAACAUUCACAUCAAACCUGGUUUUAGUGAACAAUCUGUUGACAAAAUCUUUGAAACCACAGAUAAUCUAAUAUCUAAUAUCCCAAUAGAAAUAAAGCAAAAAAUUGGGUAUAUUGGCAUCACUGGACAGAUGCAUGGUGUUGUUGUUUCCCGCAAAAAUAAUAAAACUGACAAUCUGAUCAACUGGGAAGAUAGAAGAGGCUCGGUCACAGGAAAACUUAAGCUAAUUAAUGCAAUCAAAGGUUGUGAGAAGCUCAAAGAUGGCUUUGGAAUGACAACCUUGGCGCAAUUAGACUUAAGUGAUGCAGAGCAUUGUGCCACAAUUCAUGAUUUGUAUGCAUCAUAUCUCACAGGACUCAGAUCUGUGACAGAUCCAACAGAUGCCGCAUCUUGGGGAUUAUUUGAUAUUUUCACAAACAAAUGGAACGAAGAAGCCAUUAAAUCAUUAAAUAUUCCUCAAAAUAUCCUUCCAGAAGUUGUUAAAUGCGGUUCAUUUGUAGGAAAAAUUAAACCAGACAUUGCCGAGAAAUUUGAUUUAAACAAAGAUGUUGAAGUUUAUGCUGCACUUGGUGACAAUCAAGCUAGUAUCUCAGGUACAUCUCUUGAGCGCGAUCAGGAUAUCUAUAUCACAAUUGGCACCGGAAUGCAAUUAUCUUUAAUUGCAAAUAAUGAAAUUGCCAAAGAAUUAAUCAAUUCAAACAAAAUUGAAGUCAGACCUUUCCUUAAGGGCCAGUUUUUGGCUGUUUCUGCUCCUUUGUUAGGUGGCGAAGCUUGGAAAUCUUUAGCACUUUUUGUUGAUGGAUUGAUUGAAAAUGUCACCGGAACUAAGAUGAAUAUUGAUGAUGUGUACAAGAAGAUUGAUGAGCUUGGUCUUGCUGAGUUUGACUCUGACGAUCUUCCUGAUUUUGAACCGUAUUUUAUUGGAGAAAGAUGGGAUACUUCUCUCAGAGGUGUUCUUUCGAAUUUAACUCUUUCCAAUUUCAAGAUUGGAAAGAUUAGUGCAGCACUUGCAAAGGGUAUUGCAAAAACAUUAAGAGGUGAUAUUACACAAGAAAUGCUAGCUUCAAAAUCAAGAAUUGUUGCGUCUGGAAAUGCCUUACGAAAGUCAAAGCUUUUGACGCUCGCAAUCACAAAAGAGUUUGAAAAAGAGGUUAUUUUUAGUGAAGCAAAGGAAGAAGCUGCUAGAGGUGCAGCUAUUUUCUUCUUAUAA